AUGGCCCCGAAACCACCGGCCCCGUCCCUUUCGCACCUCAUCUCGUCUUACCCGAUCUUGUCCAUACUCGCGGAAUAUGUUUCAGCCCUGGACCUCCUUCACCUAGCUCAGACGAACCAUAACCACCACGUGCACAUCCUCGGCUCCCGUACCAUAUUUGAAAAGCUGAGAAGCCUCUGUCUCUGCGAUGGCCGCGGCUUGAUACAACGCCAAACAUUCAGCGGACGCUACUGUCCAAACUACUGGACUCUCUUCUGCGGCCUCUCUCCCAUGGUCGUCGGGGACGAGGAAAUCGAAGUCAAGCUGUACAACGUCAAAUGCGACGAAGCUGGAGCUCUACCCUGCCGGAGAUGCGGAAUCAACAUUUGUGAAGAGUGCAGAUACUACGAUCGGCUUCUGUCCGUGGAGGAAAGCUAUGUCGAGCCGCGCUACAACUGGCGCCCUCUCAACAUCAUGUGUCUUUGCCGCGAUUGCGACUCCGAGCUUGAAGGCGAUAUUCAGGGCAAACAGCUCAGCGACACAUGCGAUUGUAACCUAUGCCUGAGAUGGCUUUGUACCAAGUGUGAAGACGACCAGAGAGAAGAGACCACGGCGUAUCACGACACGCGAACGAAAGAAGCGUCGGGCCAAAAUAACGUGCUUAACGCCCAUGAAGAAUGGGGUCCAGACGAAACCUCCGAAACCAAACAAAUUGAAAUCUAUGGCAAAUGGCGUAGUUUCUAUUGCCCUUGUGGUGCCAGCGUUGCUCAAGAGACCGUCCCCCGAUGCACAUGGUGCAAGCAUCGAGUUAAAGGCCAGGACGAAUGGUUGAACGAAAGAAACCAGCUUGCCCGACUUGAUAAGCCGGGAGGUUCUUUCUAUGUAUGCUCAAGUCCGAAAUUUGAGGCUUGA